AGUAAUAAUAAUAAUAAAAUAAAUAACCCAAUCAAAAAAAAAACCUCUCAUCUUAAUUCAUAAACCCUAGGCGGUUGUUCCCAAAUCAAAGAUCUUCUACUACUAGUCUCAUAUUUUGGAAAUCUCUCUAUAGCAUUGGCAUUAGGAUGAGGAGUCUAAUAUCAAGCGCGAGACUGGUGGGCAGGGCGACAUGGUGUCAACAGGUGCAGCAGCAGCAGCCAAUGAUGCGCAGCUACAGCCUGAUCCCGAUGGUGAUAGAGCACUCGUCGCGAGGCGAACGCGCCUACGACAUCUUCUCCCGUCUCCUCAAGGAACGAAUUGUCUGCAUCAACGGACCCAUCUCCGACGACACUGCCCACGUUGUCGUCGCCCAGCUCCUAUUCCUCGAGUCUGAAAACCCCUCCAAACCCAUCCACAUGUACCUCAACUCCCCCGGCGGCGCCGUCACCGCAGGUCUUGCAAUUUAUGAUACAAUGCAAUACAUCCGGUCUCCAAUCAAUACAAUUUGUUUGGGGCAAGCUGCUUCGAUGGCUUCUCUCCUCUUAGCUGCAGGAGCCAAGGGUGAGAGGCGGGCACUUCCCAAUGCCACAAUUAUGAUUCAUCAGCCUUCCGGUGGAUACAGUGGGCAGGCCAAGGAUCUCACAAUUCACACGAAGCAGAUUGUUCGGGUUUGGGAUUCUCUGAAUGCACUGUAUGUGAAGCACACAGGGCAGUCAUUAGAGGUUAUUCAGACGAACAUGGACAGGGAUUAUUUCAUGACACCAGGUGAGGCCAAGGAGUUUGGGAUUAUCGAUGAGGUUAUUGAUCAAAGACCGAUGGCUUUGGUGACUGAUGCUAUUGGUGGUAAUGAAGGGAAGGACAAAGGUUCGGGUUAGAGUUACAAGAGGAUGCGUGGCAUACAGGAGCAAGAUGGUUCAACAAUAUCGUAAACGUCCCUUUUUCAUCCGAACCUUUUGUUGCUGGCUGUGUGGCGUAUUUCCUGGACAACACACUGCAUCGAGACCCUACAGUUAGGAAAGAUAGAGGUAAACAUUGGUGGGACAAUUUCCGGUCCUUCAAGGGUGACACAAGGAGUGAAGAAUUUUAUUCCCUGCCCUUCAAUCUGGUCCUUCAAGGGUGACACAAGAAGUGAAGAAUUUUAUUCCCUGCCCUUCAAUCUAACAAGUAUUUCUCAUCUGUCUGAUAUUAUACGGCCCUCUAUCAGAUAUUGCUUUUUUGAAGGUUUAAAAGCUCUUUGCGAGAUCAUGUUAUAAAUCAUUGUUAUCUCUAUUACUUGUGAAUCUUAUUACAGUCUACAUCAGUAUAAGAUUGUCUCUUCCUUUAUAGGAUGCCUUAGAA